AUGGCCAAGAAAGGUUUUCUCGCUCUAGCUCUUGGGAUUUUCGUUUUCUGCGUCAACGCCCAGGGCUCUAUUCCUGCAGGGCUUGACCCAUGUCGAGAUGAUGGCUACGAUGCCGCGCGAUGGGCAGCCGACAACGCCAUUCGCCCCAAUUACGUUCCAGUGACGACUGAGACGAGGCCCAUCGUCGCUCAAAGAAUCUUCGACCAACUCCAGACAUCCGAGACUGGCCAGUCGUAUUCGACCAGUCUUGACCAGACCAGUGUACUCUACAUGACCGGCGUCACAGUCGAGCUCUUGCAGGCCCAAGUAGAGAAGUAUGGAGCACCCGAAGACCUUCCCCGGUCACUCGGUACUGGCUAUAACUCAGCCAUUCUUGCGGGAGAGAGAACAACUCUGCAAUUCUCCGGUCGGAUCGAAACCCACAACGGGUCGAUGAACCUGUAUGCUACUGGAGCCGGAACGGUAGCCACUCUUGAUGCUCCCCGAUUGUACAGCAGUGGUCCCGGGGCCAUCGGCCUCUUCUCUGUCCGGGAGGCCACUCUCAAUGUCACUGAUCUCCGCCACUGCUCGGGUGGCUUCAGGUCGCCCACCCUCGCUGGGUUGAAUAUUCACAGCCAAGGUGGUGUUGCCCACACCACGGGGCCGGGCUCUCCACUGAUGUACUCUCUGGGGCGGACAAUGUCGUACAACCUAACUGGAUGGGCCGAUGCGUCCCCUGCUAUCAUCAUGGAGGGACCCCAGUAUGUGCAUCUCAGCGGCUCUACCAUCGCGUCGGGAACGAUUGGCGGCUUCCUCUUCUUCGACUGGUCCAUCGCCGCACAGCAUGGUUCUGGCACAUUGGAGGCCACGUCUCUUAAUCUCACGGUCCGCGAGGGCCCGGCUUUUUAUUUGGCAACUUUUUCGGCCGACAUCAUUCUCAAGAGCGCCUGGAUCGAUAACCCGUCUGGAAUCCUGCUUCUCGCGGACACGAGCACUGCGUCGCGGGAUCUUGAGCGGAUCGAGCCUCAGCGUUGGAGCGGAAACCCGAUAUCGUCCAACUCAUCUCUGACAAUCACAGACACUCGCGGUAUCUCUGGUGACAUCGUCACACGAGGCGGCUGCACCGUUGCUGUUCGGUUACUCGCUAAUAGUAGCUGGGAAGGCGGUGCAAACGCGUCUCUCGUCAACGGCCGUGGGGGGUUGACGGUGCAGAUCGAUGAGACGAGCACAUGGACAGUUAGCAAGAACUCGUUCGUCCGAGGCCUUUCGAUUACCGGCGGCGAUGUCAGCCGUGUCGUGGACAGAAACGCUACUGUGGCGUACGACAAGUCUGCGCCCGAGAGCCUGUGGCUCCAGGGGCGGACAUACGCCUUGAAGAACGGCGGACAGCUUCGACCUUGGAACUAG